AUGAGCUCGCAAAAUACCAAAUCAUCGGGAAUGAUGAAGAAAUACAAACUCGUGUUCCUUGGAGAACAAGGGGUGGGGAAAACCUCAUUGAUCACAAGAUUCAUGUACGAUACCUUCAAUUCGCAAUACGCUGCUACUAUUGGGAUUGAUUUCUUGUCAAAAACUAUGUACCUCGAUGACAAAACAAUAAGAUUACAAUUAUGGGAUACAGCAGGGCAGGAGAGAUUCAGAUCCUUGAUACCAUCAUAUAUGAGGGACUCCAAUGUAGCAGUGGUGGUAUACGAUAUAUCAUCCAAGAAAUCAUUCGAGGCUAUUGAUAAAUGGGUUGAAGAUGUGAAAUUGGAAAGAGGCUCAAAUGUCAUUAUUGUGAUUGUUGGUAACAAGAACGAUUUGAACGAUUCCAGACAGGUCACUGCUGACGAGGCCGAAUUGACAGCUAAAAAACUCGGUGCCUCCAUUUUUUUUGAAACUAGUACCAAGACUGGACAUAACGUCAAGUUGUUAUUCAAGAAAAUUGCCCAGUUAUUGCCGGAGUUUGAGGAUUCCGAAAACAGCCAAAGCAUGAAUGACCAUGACAAUAGCCAAGUGAUUGACGUUGCUGGUGAUGAAGGUGUUCAAGAUGAAUCUUCUUGUCAAUGUUAA